CUCCGGCUUGUCCUCAUAGUAACGGGGCAUCACCUCCCCCUUGCCGCCGCCGCCGCCGAGGCAGCCUCCGACUCAGAGGACCGAGAGCUACCCCAAGAGCCAAGCCCGGCGGCUUCAACAAACACCGCGUGCAGCGUUCUCGACACCGCCCCCACACGCCCCGGGCUGCCUGCACUUCCGGCAGGAGCAACCUUCUGGACGCCAGCACCCGUGAUGGCGGAGGGGGCGGAGGAGGGUGUUGGAGAGGAAGAGGCAGGAAGUAGGGAUAAGCUCCUUCCGGCGGCAGAGUCGCAGCCACCGGAAUCCAAGACUCCGAAAGCCCUCCGGCAGGAAGCGCAGCGGAAGUGGGAGAAGCACGUGAUUUGCCUUGCUCUCGGUGUGACGAAGACCAACUACGUAGCAGGAAGGAAGGGGAACCGGAGCCGGGGCGGGCGCCUGGCUCGGCUCUUGAACAGAGGUGGCGGGGGAGAUUACGGAUCCGGGCCGAGGCCCCAGCCGGGCUCCAGAAAGAUGUUACCAACCACCUCAAUGAAUUCCCGAUUACAGGGGAAUGGUGCCUUGAGUUCCAGAGAUGCAGCAAGGCACACAGCUGGAGCGAAACGCUACAAGUAUCUUCGGAGGCUUUUCCGAUUCAGGCAGAUGGACUUUGAGUUUGCUGCCUGGCAGAUGCUCUAUCUUUUCACUUCCCCACAAAGAGUUUACAGAAACUUUCAUUACCGAAAACAAACAAAAGAUCAGUGGGCACGAGAUGAUCCUGCCUUCUUGGUGUUGCUGAGUAUCUGGCUCUGUGUGUCCACUAUAGGAUUUGGAUUUGUCCUGGAUAUGGGAUUUUUUGAAACCAUAAAGCUGCUCCUUUGGGUUGUGUUUAUAGAUUGUGUGGGUGUUGGCCUUUUAAUAUCAACUCUGAUGUGGUUUAUCUCUAACAAGUACUUAGUGAAGCGGCAGAGCAGGGACUAUGACGUAGAAUGGGGAUACGCCUUUGAUGUUCAUUUGAAUGCUUUCUAUCCACUACUAGUCAUUUUGCAUUUUAUCCAGCUUUUUUUCAUUAACUAUGUUAUCAUGACAGAUACAUUUAUUGGCUACUUUGUCGGAAAUACAUUAUGGUUGAUUGCCGUUGGUUAUUAUAUCUAUGUAACAUUCCUCGGAUACAGUGCACUGCCGUUUUUGAAAAACACGGUAAUUCUUUUGUAUCCAUUUGCACCUCUCAUUCUACUCUACGGAUUGUCGUUAGCACUGGGAUGGAACUUCACUCACACACUGUGCUCUUUCUACAAGUAUAGAGUGAAAUAAAAAAUGUGACUAUUAGCUGUUAACAGUGUUGCUAAAAAGUGGCUGAGAUUUCUUGUAAAAAGUGUAAAUAAAUUUUAAUUGUAGAUAUCUUUAAAAAUGUAAAGUUUUUGUGAAUUUUUGGAAAUAUUUACAACUUCAUGUUGAUUCCACUCACAGUACAUUCUUUAAAAGCAUAAAAUGUACAUUUGUGUAAUAAAUAUUUUUAAACCAAAGUGUAAGCCUUUUUAGUUUUGACUAAGCAGUAAUUUUAUUUUUUUGGAAGCAUUUUGAUUUUUACCCUUGCUUAACAGUAAUCUCCAUACUUCAGAAUUUCAAGGAUCCUUGAUUUUAUUGGUGAUCUCUAUCACAGAGCGUGCAACUCUGCCUUAAUAGGCCCUGAGAUCAAAAUCUUUUAAUAAUCUCGUGGCUUAACCCUUGUUUUUGAGCCUCAUAAUGUAGCAAUCUAGACCAGCCCAUGAGAAACAUAUAUAUUACUUGUUUACUUCAGGCCUUUUUAGCUGAAGAAAGGCAGGUUGAGACUUGCCAGAACUUGUACUCCGCUGGCCUGGCAUUCCAGAAGCCGGUUACCAGCCACAAGGCAUUAAAAUAGGCACUUAAAUGACGUUAUCCAGUAGAGGCCAAAUAUUACUUCAUUAGGAGUUGGUGCUUUCUAACGAAUGCAGCUAAGCCCAGUAACACUUAGCCAAAAUCUUUGAAAUGGUUUAUUUUGUCCUACUAGCUGUGGCAGUUUGGAUGGUAUUUCACAUCAUUCUUUUGGUUACUGGGGGAAAACACCUGCCCUGAAUACUUUAGAAUGUUUAAAAUUUUAAAGUAUGUUAUAUAAGAAAUUGAUUGUUGUCAUAGCAAUAAUUCAGUAUUCUUUUUUCUGUCUAGUAAGGUGGUUAAUUCAUUUCAGCAAGGUAAUCAACUUUUUGAAAGUCAAGAAGCCUUUUCCAAGUUCUGCCACUUACCAUGUGACCUUGGGCAAGCUAUUUAACCUCUGUGCCUCAGCUUUCUCUUCUGUAAAAUAAGAGGGUUGAACUUCUUUGAAGAAUCAUGAAGAAUAGGAAACAUGCAUGGGAAUGAGGACAGGUAAAUGUCUUGAUUUUCAAAAGAGGGACAAAAGUAGAUUCUUCAAAGUAUCUGGUGAACAUGAAUUUGAUUCCUGGUAAAAUUUUCAGAGAGCUUACUGUUAAAAGAAUGGUUAGUAAGCACAUUACAGAAGGGGGUGAUUUAUCAUGAGGCAGUGUUAUUUCAUUAAAUGCAUAUCGUGCCAGACUUUUGCCAGUAUUGCUAGAAUGAUAGGUCAGAGUAAUAAAUACUGUUGUAGUAUCUGGAUUUUAGCCAGUUGUUUGUUUUUUUUUUAAUAAAGUCCCGCUUGUGGACAAGACAGAGAGAUGUAACCGGUGAUAAUUGUACACUGGUGGGACACAAUUCAGGGCUUAAUUGGAAAAAUUGACCCAAAGAGUGGUCAAAUUGUAGUGAAUUCAUUGUCAACCUGGAAGGAGGUCUCUAGUGGAAAGUCAUAGGGAUUUGUGUGUUCAGUAUUUUUAUCAGUGUUUUCAAUAUACAUCAAAUGUCUGCUAGUGGCAAGGCGGGAUAAAGACUAGGAACAGGUUUAAGAAUUGGAAGGGAUCUUCAAGGCCGUGGAGUCUAACAGACUUCCAUUUACAGAUGAGGAAAACAGGCCCAGCAAGGUUAAGUGACUUGCCCUUGGCCAUAGAGUUAGUCAGGGUCCAAGGUGGGAUUUAAAACCACGGUUUUCCAUGCUUUCAUGGUCCCAAUUCUAAAGGAGUUCAGAAGUAUUCAAAGCAGUUGGAGCUAAGAGCAAAGGGUGGAUUUUAACAAAGUAAUCUUGGAAAAUUUGAGGAGGGAAAGAACAUUUGGUGGCAUACACAUCAAAUAUACAAACAGCACAAAGCUAGGAGGCACAGCCAAUGUGUUGGAAGACAGAAUUGGGUUCCAAAAACAUUGCAUUUGUUUUUUGUUUUUUUCUGUAAAGCAGCUGUUACCCAACUUCAUAUUCUCUCCUACCUCUGUUUGGACUAUUGUUACAGUGUCCUAAUUGGUCUUCCUGCCACCAUUCCCUCGAAUUUAUCCUCGUCUCAAGCUGCAAAAAUUUCUAAGGCACAGAACUGACCAUAUCAUUUCCCUGCUCAAAAACUUCUAGUGAUACUCUAUCAUCUCUAGAAUAAAAUGCAAAUUCCUUAGCCUGGAGUUUAAAGCCUAUCAGAAUUUUGCUUCCAUCUAUCUUUCUAGUCCUGUUCCACACUACUUGCCCUCAUGUACUUACAGGAACCAGCCAAAGGGGCUUAUUGGUAUAGGUUGUCCCUCCUUCCUCAUCUCAAGGAGCAGCUCAGGUACCCCCUCCAGAGGCCGUACCCAAUAUUCCCACAUUUUACUUCUCUCUCUCACCUCCAAUUUGCUUAGAGCUUUUUGGCUGACUUUUCUUUUGACACCUCAUUUGAGUGGAUAAAUUGGUUUUUAUUUGUAUCCCUAGUACUUAGCACUGUGCCUUGCAUAUGGCUAGUUACUAUUUGGUUGACUCGAAUAUUGACAAAUCCAAAACUUGAGUUUUUAAAAAUCAAUACUAGGAUGAAGAUGUGGCUGGACAGUGACUCCUAUGAAAAAGAUGGAGGUUUUAGUGAAUUGCUAGCUCAGUAGAGUUAACUGUUCUUUGGCAGCCAAAACAACUAAUGCAGUUUUAGCCCCUUUUAUUAAAUAGACAUGUGCUAUCGGGAAUUUGGGGAGGAGAGGUAUAGAUGGGAUUAAUAAUUAAGAUAGGGAUUGCAUUUAUGGUCCAAUUGGUGUCUUCUAGUUCUGAAUCUGUAAUUCUUGCUGUCAGACCACUUACUGAGGAUGGUAACUAGAUCUGGAUACUACAUUUUAGGACUUACAUGCUAUAAUGCAUGUUGGAAGGAGUGGAAACUGUGCUGUGAGAAUUGAAGGAAUCUAUGGUGUUUAACCUGGAAAAGAGAAAAUUCAUUGGGGGACGUGAUGGCCAUUUUCAUCUCAGGUCAAAAGGACCUGUCAUCUAGUAUAACCCUAACCAAAGCCUGAAUCCUAGCUUCAUCUACCUCAUUUUAUAUACUAUGCAUCUAAUUAAUGAACUUUAUGAUUACAUGAUCUGUUUUGGGCUCCAUACCUCUGUUUAGCAGCCUACCAAGACCCUCCAGGUCUUUAUUUUACAUGUUAUAUGGAAAGAUUAUACAGACCCUGCUUAUAUAAGGGCAAAACUAUUAGCUUCCACCACUGACAGCUAUCAUCAAGUCAUCUGGUUCAGGAUUGAAUAGCCUGGAAAUUCAGAUGGAGUGUGAUUUCUGAAAUGGGUAUAGACAGAAAACAUGUGGAAUCUCUUGAAAUGGAAACAGGCUUCAGGGGUGAUAGAAGUAGAUAUUAUAGAGAACAUAAAUUCAUUUACCAUAUAUGGGCAGCAAGGUAUAGAAUGAUAGAGUGCCAGGCUUGGAGUCAGGAAAAGCUGCAUUCACUUCCUUCCUCAGUCCCUGGGUAGUUUUGUGACCUUGGGCAAGCCACUAAACCCCAGUUUCGUCAUUUGCAAAAUGGGGAUAAUGAAACCUUCUUUAAAGAGUGUAAAGAGGAUGAGAUAUGUUUAAAGUCCUUUGGAAACCUUUAAGUGCAGGCUGUUACUUCAGAACAGUAAGUGAAAAAGUAAAAUUUCAUGUACAUCAAAAACUGUCUUGACUUGCUAGGUGAAUAUGCUUUAAUCAAAACAGAAGCAGAAAGGACCUUCAAGGUCAGUGUAGAAUAUCUAAAGCCCAUAGGAAGGCUACUUUCAUUCAUGGAGGACCAGAGACACUGCAAGGGGGGCAAUGGAUAAAUUGUAUAGCAAACCUGCCAUCUCAUUUAGUACCUGAAAGUCCAAAGACAACUAAAUAGCAGAUGUGGAUAAAUACCGAUGAACCUAUUUGAUCUUGUCAACACCUAAACCUAACUUGGCUUCUAAUCCCUACACAAUUGGGGCACAAACUUUGUUUUUUUUUUGUUUUUGUUUUUUUUUUUUAAACAUCAACUGUGUCAGCUACUUCUACCUGAGGCUAGACUUUCGUUUCCUUGGCAUAUAAAAUCUGUUCAGUAAAGCACAUCCCUGUUUGUCAUUUUGAGUGCUAAAGACAAGAAGAUGGGUCAGCAAAUGGGGUGCUAAGAACUAAGGAGAUUUACUGCCCUUUACAUUUGAGUAGAUAGAAAAGAUUUAGAAUUACAUAACUUUUCUAACCAUUUUUAAAUCCUCUGUUUUCCUAUAUCUACCUACUGGCAGGAAAAUCCUUUAAAACCAUCUGGAGAACUGUAUGUUUGUUUCAUUAACAAAGUAGGGGAAAAUGUGUGAACCUGGGUACCCUUUGAUGAGGAACUUGGGAAAGGAGAAGCCCAUUUGGAAGACAGGGUUUUGGCAGUUGUAAAAGUGAGCAGAGAGGGCAUAUCUCUGAAAGGCUUUGACAGGAAAGUGCAUGAACCUGGGAUUGGUGUUCCCUGAGAAAUUUGAGUAGGAAGCAUCCGUUCCCCAACACUGUACUUUACAGGGCUGAGUAAAAUCAAAGAACUUAAUGCUGCAGAAGCACUGCUAGAAAAUUAAGAAUCUCUGCUAAUGGAAGGUUUCAUGUUUUAUUCUUUGAUAUUAAGUGAGAUUAAUGAUUGUUACUGUUUUAGAAAUGAUGUAAUUGAUUAUAAAUUCAGUGUUCUGAAUUUUCAUCACCCUCUCCCCCCACCCACCCAUCUACCCAAAGAAUAUCCAGAUUUGUAAGGGUAUAGUAUCUGUAUGUUUCCCUUUAUAAUAUGGAUGGAAUCCAGAAAAGACAGUUAGAAAAAUAAUUUUGGUAAAUACGUGUGAGGUGUAAAGGAACCCUGCAGUGAAUGCUUUUGAUAAAAUAAAGGACCAUUCUGCAGUAUGAAUCUCUUUUUUUUAAUCUCUAGUUCCAUUGUGGGAAUUCAAUGGGAAAUACAUUUCCCCACAGAAACAAUACUAAGUAAAUUGGUAGGUAGGUUUUUGUGGAUCUGUUCUGUGACUUGAAACUUCUGACCAAACUAAAACGUAACCAUUCCUGUUGGAAGAAUGUGUUUGUUUCCAGCUUGGAACUCCCAGCCAGGCCUUGUGAACUAUUCCUAUGAAAAGGACAUCUGUAAUUUAGCUGCUGAUUUUUUAGGAACUGUGUGUGUAUUUUUUAAUGUAAAUUUUGUGUUUCCAUUUACAUGUACAGCUAUUAAACUAUAUUAACAAAAACACAAAAUAACAUGUAAUCUGAAACAAAAAGAAUGUAAAUUAUUGUAAAUGUGUUUAACUUAUUUUCUGGUUGUUAGUCCUACCGCCCAAGAUGCAUUGUCCUCUUGUGAAUUCAGUUUUCUUACAGGAAUGAACACAAAUGUUAACCAGUUAUUAUACUGACAUUAAAUAUAACAAGGAUUUUUUUUGAAAAAUUUACUCAUCACCAAAGUCUAAAGAUGGCAUGGUAGCACGUGUUGAUUAAUAGCCACAUUUGUUUUCAUAACUAAAAAUGGGUGUUACAUUAAAAUAAUGCAGCCGUAUUUUGUGAUGUGAGUCAUUGAGAGUGUUCUACAAGUAAAGAUCCAUUUCAUCAAAGAGGAAGUAGGCCCAGAGUGAUUAUGAUAUGCCCACCCAGGGUCCUAAAGCAAGGUAAUAGAAGAAUAAAGACUAGAACCCAAAGUCUUAUGGCUUCGUCCUCUUGCCUCUAUAACUUAAAUUCCAUCUCUGAGAUAGAAUACUUUUUGUAUCUCUUGUUUGUUGUGGCAGUCAAAUGAGAUUAAUGUGUGUAAUUUUGUGACCAUAAAAUGCUAUGCGAUGUAUGUUUCAUAUUACAAUGUUUUAUUAGAAUGAA